ACGGUUUGUGUGCGCGCGGUGUGGAAUCCGUUAGCGCGGUUCGACACCGCCCCAAACACCCCCCUUCGUACGCAGCGAGCCGCUAAUAGCGGACUUCCUCUUCACCCCUACCACCGGCGACGUGAUAUAAGCCGAUAUCGGGCACCCUGUCGGAACCGUGCGCUACUUCAGGACUGCCGAGAGUCGGAGGUUAACAACCUCUCCGGUGCAGCGGGAGAGGGCAGUGUUGGUCCAGCAGGACAGGCUUGUUUAGUGUUUCCAGGUUUCCUCCUGAAGCGUGUCUGUGGAAACAUUUCUAACUGCAGUUCGUGUAUUGGCAAUGACACAAGUGUAGCAGGCUGCAAGUGGAUCAGCUGUGAAGUUCUUUCCAGUAGUCCUUCAACAUCUCCCAAUGCUACCACAGCAUCUCCCAGUGCUACCACAGCAUCUUCCAAUGCUACCACAGCAUCUUCCAAUGCUACCACAGCAUCUUCCAAUGCUACCACAGCAUCUUCCAAUGCUACCACAGCAUCUUCCAAUGCUACCACAGCAUCUUCCAAUACUACCACAGCAUCUUCCAAUGCGACCACAGCCACUAAUGUCACCACUGUAACUACACAUCCUCCUCUACCUACAACUGCCAUUACUUCAGCUACCACAACACCCAGUAUUCCAGGUACAAAUGCUACUGUGACUCCUGCACCUUCUCCACGCAAAUCUACAUUUGAUGCUGCAAGUUUCAUAGGUGGAAUUGUCCUUGUCCUGGGUCUGCAGGCUGUUGUUUUCUUUCUGUACAAAUUCUGCAAGUCAAAAGACCGAAACUAUCACACACUUUAGGACCUGCCACUUUGUAAUGGACUUGUAGCCCAACACCUGUAGUUCACUGAACCAAAAUAUUUUCUGUUGCUCAUGGAAGACAGCAGUUCAUAUUAUCCUUUAAAUCUCUAAAAGAAGACUUUAAAAGAAUAUUUUUGCAACAUUAUACUUGGCAAGAUGUGACGUUAAUCUCUUCAAACAGGAGUACUUGGAAUAUGCUGCAUGGGUUCUAAUGGCUGUCUUAUUUUCCUUUAGUGGCUGCUGCUGUGGGACUUUUUUUUUUUUUGAUAUGCCAAAUGUAGACAUUCAGAGAUUCUUACUCAGUGGCAACACUGUCUUGAGUAGAUAAUCUUGUGAUGACUUGUGAAGGCUAAUUUAAUCAACAUUUGAUACGGUAUCCCUUCAGCUUUAUCAAGAUGUGAAUUCACUCCCUGACUUCAGGGAGUGAAAUACCAUUUAUACUAGCGUAUGGCUCUUAAAGCGUGCUGCUAGAAAGAUGAACGAAAUUGUAGAAGUAGAUGAUGUCUUA